AUGGACUCGUUCCAGCCGCCAUGCCUCUAUCGCCUUCUCAAGGAGACAAGUCUUGACCCCUAUGAGGUUGCUGAGAAGACGCUCUCCCCAAGCAAGCCCGCCACACUAUCAGCCCUCCCAACACCAGUCCUUUUGAGAUCACUACUGGUCUCUGCGAUAUCCUCCAAGCCAUACCUCCUUGGCCCAUCUCUAUCAGUUCUCUCCUUCCUCACAAGACCAAACAGAAGCCUCCUGUUUGAUGUCGACCGAAACCCCGUACUACACUCCGUCCUGAAGACACUCUUCUACAGGCAAUUCUGUGCAGGAGAGUCACCAGCAGAGACAAAGGACACUAUGCGGCAUCUGAGAUUUAUGGGCUUCCGCGGCACAAUUCUCACGUAUGCGAAGGAGACUGUUUUUGAUCACAAGACCGGCACCGAGCACGGCCUCGGUAUCGAUGCGGAAAAGGACACAAAGUCAGGGAACUGCUCCAACAUUGAAGUAUGGAGGAAAGGGGCGUUGGAGACAGUGGACUUGCUCGGCGAGGGUGACCAGCUGGCGUUAAAACUUACUGGCGGUGGACCAAGAGUUACUGCUGCUUUUGCAGCAGACAAGCUGCCUCCUCAGCAAAUGAUGGACGCUCUCGACGAGGUCUCUAUCCGCUGCAAGGAGAGGGGCAUCCGUCUCCUGCUUGAUGCCGAGUCUCAAAAGUUCCAGUGGGGCAUCUUCAGAGCUGGUCUCGAACUGAUGCGCAAGUACAACCGCGACGGCUACGCAACCAUCUACCAGACCUACCAAGCAUACUUGAAGAGCACCCCGGCGACACUCGCCAAGCAUCUUGAGCUUGCAAACAACGAAGGCUUCACUCUUGGCUUGAAGCUCGUCAGAGGCGCUUACAUCGGCUCGGACGAGCGAUCUCUGAUUCACGAUACGAAGCAGGACACAGACGACGCCUACAACAUGAUUGCCCAGGGAGCCCUCAGGCGGCAGAUUGGGGAGUACGGUGCACCGGGAGGCAAGCCGUUCCCGUCCCUGAAUCUGUUCCUCGCCAGCCACAAUAAGCACAGCGUCGUCACGGCCCACAAGCUGCACCAACAAAGAAUGAAGGAUGGCCUCCCGACGGUGCCGGUCGGUUUCGCGCAGCUCCAGGGCAUGUCGGAUGAAGUCAGCUUUGCGUUGCUGCAGCUGAAGGACGGCCAGGACCCGUCGCCGCAGGUGUGGAAGUGCUCGACGUGGGGAACCAUGGGAGAGUGCGUGGCGUAUCUUUUGCGGAGAGCGGUGGAGAACAGGGAUGCGGUCUCGAGGACGGUGGACGAGUAUGCAGCGCUCAAGGCGGAGCUGGGCAGACGGUUGCGAUCUAGAUCCUUCCGGUCUCGGCCUGCACUGUAUGAUGCCUCAGACAGUGAGAGUUAUACGCUUCCCAUCACCAAAUUCAUUGCCUGUGUCCGAAGUGAGCAGUCAGAGAGCGCUUUGAAGAACAGGUUUCCCGAUGCGGGAGAUAAGCUUAAGGUCUGGAGGGGCGAUAAUAUUGCCGCCUUGAAAGCAUCUCAAGUUGUCAUUCUUGGUGUUGACCCUGGCGACGUGGAGUCUGUUCUUUCCCAGCCGGGCACAGCGGAUGCACUGAAGGACAAGCUCCUAAUCAGUGUUGCUGCUGGGUGGACCAGAGGGAAGUUAGAGUCGACUCUCUACGGAAGCGAGACAACCGCCGAUAACACCGAGGGUCGAGCCUGGGUUGUGCGAACCCUUCCCAACAUUGCCGCCAUGGUCUCUCAGUCUCUCACCGCAAUCGAGAUCUCGGACCCUCCGGUCCCAGCCCCCUACAUGGAGCUCACGGAGGCAAUUUUCGAGAAGAUUGGAAAGGCGGUGAAGAUUGCUCCCAAGUUGAUGAACGCAACGACGGCCGUUGGAGGGUCAACACCCGCUUUCUGGGGCGUCAUCUGUGACGCGAUGAUUGAUGCUGCGGUUGCGGUGGGCGUGCCUAGAAACUUGGCCUCUACGAUGAUCUUUCAAUCCAUGCUUGGGAGUGCAACUUUGAUGCAGAACGGGCUUCAUCCGUCUUUGCUUAGAGACCAGGGCACCUCACCUGAGGGAUGCACAAUUGGAGGUCUGAUGGUCUUGGAGGAGGGAGCAGUUAGAGGUCACGUUGGCAAGGCGCUCAGAGAGGCUGUCACCAUAGCUCGAUUGAUGGAGACGACGCCUCAUCUCAACGACACGAGACUCGCCAGCGUCAUCGCAAGGCCCGCGCGGUCUAUGAGGGGCGCCCUCCGUCCUUUCGCAGUUCCCGUCGGCCUGCAACAAACAAGAACUAAGGCCACCGUGCCAUUCAGACUACCAGACCCCAGAAAUGAGCCUAACCCCGAAUACAGGAAAGGCUCGCCUGAGCGCGCCAAGUUGGAGGAGGCCCUGAACAAGCUCAAGUCUGAACUCCCCGCACGCAGCGACCUUUUCUACAAUGGCCAGGUUCACUCCGCCUCCAAGUCUUUCGACACCGUUAUGCCCCAUGCGCACGGAAAGAAGUUCUCCAACUUCCCUCUCGCGUCCAAGGAGCAGGUUGCUGCCGCUAUCGACUCUGCGCUGGAGGCUAAGAAGAGCUGGGAGAACACACCUUUCGUCGACAGGGCGGCGAUUUUCCUGAAGGCCGCCGAGCUGGUCGUCACCAAGUACAGAUAUGAGCUUAUUGCCGCUACUAUGCUCGGCCAGGGCAAGAACAUGUGGCAGGGAGAGAUCGACGCGGCUGCGGAGUUGGCCGACUUCUUCAGACUUAACUGCAACUUUGCUGCUGAGAUUCUGGAGAAGCAGCCUGAGCGUGGAUCCGACGGCAUGUGGAGUCGUCUGGAGUGGCGCCCUCUUGAGGGAUUCGUUUACGCCGUUUCCCCCUUUAACUUCACCGCAAUUGGUGGCAACCUGAUUUCCGGUCCCGCGCUCUUGGGCAACGUUGUGCUCUGGAAGCCUUCGCCCAGCAACAUCUACGCCAGCCAGCUUGUCUACAACAUCCUCCUCGAGGCCGGUCUCCCUCCCAACGUUAUCCAGUUUGUCCCCGGUGACGCCGAGGAGGUCACCGAUGUCGUCCUCAAGCACCGCGAGUUCGCCGGCCUGAACUUCGUCGGCUCCUCAGACGUCUUCCGCUCCCUGUACGCCAAGAUCGGCGAGGGUAUCGGCAAGAAGACGUACCGCGACUUCCCCAAGAUCGUCGGCGAGACUAGCGGCAAGAACUUCCACCUCAUCCACCCCUCCGCCGACAUCGACAGCGCCGCUCUCCACACCCUCCGCGGCGCCUUCGAGUACCAGGGCCAGAAGUGCUCUGCGACAUCCCGCGUCUACAUCCCCCAGUCCCGCGCCGACGAGUUCCUGUCCAAGUUGACCGAGAACGUCAAGAAGAUCACCAUCGGCAGCCCCGACGGCAACCUCAACGCCUUCAUGGGCCCCGUCAUCCACGACCGCUCGUUCGAGAAGAUCAAGCGCAUCAUCGACGAGAGCAACAAGGACCCCUCGCUGAAGCUGCUCGUCGGCGGCACCUACGACGGCUCCAACGGAUACUACGUCAACCCGACUGUCUACCUCGCCGACUCCCCUGAGCACCGUCUCUUCAACGAAGAGAUUUUCGGCCCUGUCCUGGCCGUCAACAUCUACCCCGACGCCGAGUGGUCCUCCACUCUCAAGAAGGUCGACCAGGGUGGCGGCGGCUUCGCCCUCACCGGCGCCGUGUUCGCCAAGGACCGCACCGCCAUCCGCGAGGCCGAGGACACCCUGCGCUACUCUGCCGGCAACUUCUACAUCAACUGCAAGACCACCGCCGCCCUUAUCGGCCAACAGUCCUUCGGUGGCGCCCGUAGCUCCGGAACCAACGACAAGGCCGGCAGCGCUGACGUCAUGAGACGCUUCACGAGCCCGAGGUUGAUCAAGGAGGAGUUCUUCCCCCUGACCGACUUCGAGUACCCCAGCAACAAAUAA